AUGCCUCCUCCAAAGAAAUACUUUGCUUUGGCCAAGAAGCUGUUUGAGAUGGCCCGAGCUGGAUUUGGCGUGUACAGUUAUUGGUAUCAUCAAAGGAAGCAACACUAUAAUCGACAGCUGGACCAACAGCAGCGACAAGAACAACGGAGAAAGCGACGACGACAGGUGGAGGAAAUCUCCUCCUCGGAAGAAGACGAUGAUGAGUCACAACAACACCACCACGAGUCAAAACGACGACGGCUAGUAGAUACUCCCGUCACUACUCGUGCGCCAACGUCUCUUGCUGCCAAACAAACAUGGCGACAAGUCUCGCUGGAUUCGUGGGAUGAACUCAUGCAGAUGCGCCAACGGCAAGUGAUAGACGCGGAUCAGCAGCAGCAACAACAACAACUCGAACAGGAUGGAAUCAUGAUUCCCAGGCAACGCUUUUCAGAAGGAACUAGAGUACGAAAACAUUUUCCCGGAGAAGGCUGGUUCGAAGGAUGCGUGCACAGUGUCAGAUGGGCGGGUGGGGACAAUGCUUCGAUUAUGGACGAUCCGGAUGUUCCACAAAAUGUAGUACUACCACCCACACCGCAAUGGAUUUACAAACUCGAAUUGGACAAUGGCCGGUGGGACUUGGUCAACGAAGCAGCAUUGGCCGAUAUUGCCAUUCCAGACGGCAAUUCUCACGAUCCUUCACUCUAUUCUUUUUUGGAAUUCUUGGCGCUGUGGGAACGAUUGGGAGCCGAACGAAUCGAAAAAACGAGCACCGUACGAAGGGCCAAUUCCAGGGUGGAAACGGGAGAUUCCGAUACACAACAAAAUGCACAAUAUGGACGUAUUUUGCCGCAGGCGACGGAUCUUGUCUUUCACAUACUGCGAUUGAAGCGAACGGAUAUCUUUCUCGAUGUUGGACACGGGAUUGGUAACUUUUGCUUGCAAGCUGCCUAUUGCAGAGGUUGCGAAGCCAGAGGGAUUGAAGUCGUACGAGAUAGAUUCAAUGUCAGUCAACAAUUUGCUGCCAAAUUGGAACAAAUGUCUCUCGAGACCGAUGGGGAAAGGUUUCGCAAACCAGGUAAAGUGUUGUUGAGGCAUGGGGACCUGGCGGAUCAUGCGAAUCACAAUUGGCUUGCUAGAGCCAACAAGGUGGUGGUCAACAACUUUAAUGGAGUUUUUGCAGAACGAAUGGUUACCCAGACCGCGUCGCAGUGGCAUCUUGACCACUACAUUGCGGGCUUGUUUGCAUCCAUGCACGAGGGAUCUAUUCUGGUUUCGUUAUCAGAUCUGCAGUUGGGACCAUCCCGUAGAGAAGUCAACCGGUGGAGGCAAGACAACAAUCUACAGCCCAGUCCCAAUGCUUCCUUUUUUGAGGUCGUCAAGGUGGAGCUGGGAGAGGCAGGACAAGUGUUCUCGUGGUCAACUUCCUGCAAGGCACCCGCUGUGGCGUAUCUGUAUAGGCGCGUCAGGCAAGAUCCAAAUCUUCGCACGGCUUGCACCUUGUGCUGCAACAUUCAGUGCAAGCAUAGCAAACUGGGAACUCCAAUUCCAGCGGUGGCUCUCAAUAGAGAAGGCAAAGCUGUGGUCGGGACAUGCGAAUGCAAAAUGACACUGCGGUCAAACAGACGAGUGCCACACAUUACCGUCGCGGAAUAUCUGAGCUCACGAGAGUAUCGGGAAUGGGGACGAUAG